AUUUAAUACACUAUAUCGCUCAUUCAAAGCCUCCAACUAGGAUAAUUCUAGGUUAGCCUGCCUUACAUAGGACUAGUACAGUGCUAGAAGAUACGUGCAUGUGCUGUACCUGCCCGAUUACCCGGUAUACGCCAUUAACUAUAACCCAUCACCCAUCACCCAUCACCCAUAACCCAUAAUCCAUUACCCCACCACCCCGCCAUCGAAUUCAUGUUUUUGCGCGCAUCAUCUAAAAAAUAUCGAGACCUUCAAUCUUUCGUUUGUCCUGCUUUCGUGUUAUUUCUACGCAGCACAUUCUAUUUAAAACUUUGCCCAACAUGGCUACGAUAGUGUUAGGAGUCCAAUGGGGAGACGAAGGGAAGGGAAAGCUUUGCGAUAUCCUCAGCCCUGAAGUCCAAAUCUGCGCCAGAGCAACCGGUGGAAGAAACUGCGGUCACACUGUUGUCGCCGCUGGAACAUCGUAUGACUUUCAUAUGUUACCGUCGGGAUUGAUUCAUCCUACAACUACGAACUUGAUUGGACCUGGUGUUGUCCUACACGUGCCCACGUUCUUCUCUGAACUUGCCAAUAUUGAGGCGAAGGGAGUACAAAAUGCCCAAUCAAGACUCAAGGUCUCAACACGCUGCGCCUUAAACCUCGACCUCCAUGCGGCCGCGGACCGUCUUCGUGAAACACAGCUUGGCAAGAAAAACAUAGGUACAACAGGAAAGGGUAUUGGUCCCUCAUACAGCUCCAAGGCUGAGCGAAGCACCGUGCUCCUCGCCGAUCUACUCGACGACGAUGAGUUCGGCGACAGGAUUCGAGCGAUGGAGAGGGAUUACAAGUUGAGAUACGGCGGAAGCUUGGGUGAAUAUGAUGUCGAGGCCGAAAUAAAAGAACUUCAGGGAUACCGUGAAAGGCUCCGCCCCUUUUCCGUAGACGAUGUCGAAUACCUCGCAGUGGCCCAAAAACAAGGCAAAAAGAUCCUCAUCGAAGGCGCUCAAUCGGCUCUCCUGGAUAACACAUAUGGUACCUGGCCGUAUGUCACUUCAACUUCAACCACUUUCGGUGGUGUGAUGGCUGGUUUGACUCUCGACUACCGAAAGGUGGACGGUGUUAUCGGUGUCCUGAAGGCGUACACCACUCGAGUCGGAUCCGGGCCAUUCCCCACAGAAGACUUCGGCGACAUAAGUAAUAAGCUCCAGGAGAUAGGACACGAGUUCGGAGUUACCACGGGACGAAGACGUCGCUGCGGAUGGCUGGAUCUGGUUACCUGCAAAUAUUCGCACAACGUUAACCACUAUACUGACUUGAACCUCACGAAACUCGACGUCCUCGAUACCUUCGAAAAGAUCCAGGUGGCCGUGGCCUACAAGCACCCGGAUACUGGCGAGGUCAUUGAUGGCUUCCCCGCGAGCGCGAAGCUCCUAUCCCGCGUCCAAGUCGAGUACAAGACCCUUAAAGGCUGGAACACUAAGACGACCGGAACCAAGACCUUCGAAGAACUACCCAAGGAGGCCCGGGAAUACAUCACCUUCAUCGAGGACUUCCUCGGUGUCAAGAUCAAGUGGAUUGGAUGCGGUCCCAAGAGAGAGGACAUCAUAACCCGCUAACCCUUCAACGGGCCCGGUUUGUAGCACCACCGCCUCCCUAUUUAUAUGAUGUCAGCUAAGUAGAGCUUACACGAAACCAUGGUGUAGUGCGAGAUUAUGCCUAACAUUAAAAAGAAUUCCACUGUCGACAGAGCAGUUAUUACGGGGUUGGUGUGCUGAAUUUAUUUACACUACGGAAAGGGAAAAUUAUAAAAUUCAACAGAAAAAGAAAAUAUGGCAAAUUACUUCUUACGUGGAUUCUAGAGGCAAGUGCUCUCUUAGAUCUAGAUCCGGCGACGGGUUGCCCCUAUUUGCUAGAGGAGUGAUAAAUAAAUCGGUGGUCGAAUCUAGACAGCGGGGAUUUAAACUCGUUUUCUUAGAACGCGGCGUGGCGGAUG